UGCGAAAUUGUGGAUAAAUAGUACUGAACAUGCUGCUCAUCGUUUGAGGCGUGAGAGAGAGAUGUGGCUCAAGAGUCCUCUUCCUGGUUUUAUUGCGGAACCGUCUUUGAACGCUGAUGGAGUUCAAUUGGAAAUGUGCUAUUCCUGGACCAAAAGACACAAUUUGGGAGGGAGGUUUAUACAAACUUCAAAUGAAUUUCGAGGACGAUUUUCCUUUCACUCCACCAAAAUGUCGUUUUGAUCCGCCAAUCUUCCAUCCAAACGUCUAUUCGUCUGGGACUGUUAGUCUGAGUCUUUUCAACAAAGACUGGUUUAUUUUGAAAUAUUUAAUGAUUAAAUUCUCGCUUUAA